AUCCCAAUUUGUUAUGUAAACAGUAAAUGUUGCAUAAGUACAAAAUCACGUUUUAUCACGGUUAGAUUUUCAUUGGCACCGAAAUGUUGGCAUGAGGCCUUAUUUGGAGAAAGACGAUCAAAAAGUUUAAACAUUUAACAAAUGUCAAUAGAGAGGUAAGGAACGAAUCUUGGGAAAUGUCAGUUGACUGUGUAAAAGUUGAUAUGGAAGGUGCUGAAAAGAUGACGAGUAAAAAGAGAGUUCUAAUUGUUGGAGCAGGGGCUGCAGGAACUGCAGCUGCUUACAGUUUAUCAAAACAUCCAGAGAAAUUCCAAGUAGAAGUCUGGGAAAAACUAUCAGUACCUGGAGGCGUUGCCUGUUCAAGCGAUAUUAAAGGAGAUGCGUUUGUUAAUUAUGGGGUUCAAGGAGGUACACCUUCAUACAGAAAUACUUUGAUAAUGAUGAAUGAGUUUGGGUUUAAGACAUCACCAGUACAUAUGAUGAUAUCCUUUGGUAAUGGAAAGACUCACUGGACUAACUAUGCAAAGUCACCCCUGACAGAAAAGUUGAAAAAUGAAAUCAAACGUUUUGAAGAUGUCUUAAAGAAGAUCAACAGAUUUGAGUUCUUUUAUAUUUUUGUUCCAAUGUACAAAGUUUUGAAAUGGAAUGGAUUUUCUGAUGAUUUUGCAAAUGAAAUGGUUUUUCCACUCACAGCUCUUUUCUUUGGAACAGGAAACCGUACUCCAUACGUGUCAGCUGCUAUCAUGGCUAGAGUAUUUUUAGAUGAAGACCUGCGAUUAUUUGAUUAUGACUCAGAACUUCUGUUAAGUCAAUCACCAGAAAUGUUUGCCUUUCCAAAGCUAGAACAAAUGUAUGAAACAAUCUUAAGAAAAAGUGGAGUGAAAAUUUGUUUGAAUAGACCAAUAACUUCUGUCAAGAGAUAUGGGACUCAUGUGACUGUGAUUGAUCAAGAUGGGAAAACUGCUACAUUCGAUGAAAUCCUGUUUGCAUGUGAUGCAGAAACUGUCCUUAAAUUAUUGGAAAACCCGACCUUCUUUGAAAGAAAAGCACUCGGCAAUGUGAAAUAUUAUAAUGAUUUAAUUCUGACGCAUGAAGAUGAUAAUUACAUGAACAAACAUUAUGAAGUAAACAAAGACAAAGAUCAAUACUUUGUCAGAACUGAUCCGACAGACCCAGCCAAAAUAGAAAUGUCUUUCAAUCUGUCUAACUACCAACCACAGCUGAAAAAUUCCAAGAGAAAUAUUUACCAGACGAUAUACUUAGAUGACAAUCUGAGAGAGAAAUACUGGACUGUAAAUGAAGUGAAGAAGGAUAAAGUCUUACUUGAGACAUGGUGGCGACAGUUCUCUCAUUCCUGGACUCAUUUUGCGUUCACUGUUCCCCUGAUGAGAUACCUCCAAGGGAAGAAACACACAUGGUUUUGUGGUGCUUAUACGCUGAUAAACACUCACGAAAUUGCAAUGAUCUCUGGUCUUGCAGCAGCUCACCGCUUGGGAGCACCGUAUCCAUUUCAUCAUGAUGCAUUAGCUGCCAAACAGUUUGAUCAGUAUCUGUUGACCAUACAUGGCAAGCCAAGGAACUUUGGGUGUAACAAAAUGACACUAAUGAGUUGUGUGCUAGCUCCGUUGAUGGCUCUUUUUGCACUCUUUUCCCUCUUAUUGAGGUUUUGUUGCAAUCGGAAGUCAUCUUAAUGUGAAAAUAUUGUAAUUGUCUAGAACAGAUGUGCAUAUUUGUUAUAAGAUGUAGUAUAGUACAAACAGUUGUAUGAACAUUUACAAGUGUGGUAUAUGAUAAUAAUGUACAAAAAUGUUUUAGUGUAUGUAUAGAUGGCAUGCAUGUAAUACAUAUGUGAAGUUGCACAUAUAUGUUUGUAUAGUAAAUGUAUUGUAAAUAUACCUGCUUUAAUAAUGCAUUGUAGCCUCUAUUAAUCAAAACCUAGUUUUGUAACGAAUAAUACUCAAAUGCUGAUAAAAUAUUACAAUUACAAUGAAUAAUAAGUA